CGGUCACCGGGUUUUCCGUAGUGUAUUUAAACUGCGCCGGAGCGCGACGGUGGUCAUAUGAUCGUCAGCCUGCUAAAAAUGCUCAGGGGAUUGAUCUUAUUUCUGUGCUUGGGCUCCGGCGCCCUUGGCGGCCGAUAUUUUAACGAUAAAGAGCCGUGCUAUCGACCCAUGCCGAGGAAGAAUCACUUCGGAGUCAAGUCGAGCCCUCGCCCUCACGAAUUCCUGGACGUUGCCCUGCUGCCCAAGGUUUGGGAUUGGAGGAACGUCAACGGCACCAACUUUGUGAGCACCACCCGCAAUCAGCACAUCCCUCAGUACUGCGGAUCAUGCUGGGCGCACGGCAGCACCAGCGCGAUGGCCGACAGGAUAAACAUCAAGAGGAAAGCUGCCUGGCCGUCUGCCUACCUCUCCGUCCAGAACGUCGUCGACUGCGGCAAUGCGGGCUCCUGCCAUGGGGGUGACCACUCGGGGGUGUGGGAGUAUGCCCACACCAACGGCAUCCCCGACGAAACCUGCAACAACUACCAGGCGAAGGACCAGGAGUGUAAGCCAUUUAACCAGUGUGGGACCUGCACCACGUUUAACGUCUGCAACAUUGUAAAGAACUACACGGUGUGGAAGGUGGGCGACUACGGGGCCGUGAGCGGGCGGGAGAAGAUGAUGGCCGAGAUAAACGCCAGAGGGCCCAUCAGCUGUGGGAUCAUGGCCACGGAGACGCUGGACGCCUACACGGGGGGGGUGUACUCAGAGUACCAGGAAUACCCCUUCAUCAAUCACAUUGUGUCGGUGGCCGGCUGGGGCGUGGAUGAGACUGGCGUGGAGUACUGGAUUGUCCGCAACUCCUGGGGGGAGCCUUGGGGGGAGAAGGGGUGGCUCCGCAUUGUCACUAGCAGCUACAAGGGUGGCAGUGGCAGCCACUACAACCUGGCGCUUGAGGAGGACUGCAUGUUCGGGGACCCCAUCCUGCCCAAAAAUUACCAGUAAGGCUGGAGGCCAGCCCUGCUUUCCACUCAAGGAAGAGCGAGUGGUGGCCCAUGACUGAACGGACAGCGUUUUUAAACCACUUGUGUUUCUGGGAAUCAUCCCUCAGGAGAUGGGAGAAUUUACGUAAGGGGGGAGUACGUGCAUUUCCACUGUUGUGUCUCAAUGAGUGGCAUCACUUUUAAUUGAUUUCAAAUCGCUCAGGGUGUUGGAAAAUGACCCACUUAAAUGAUUACAUGUUUUUAAACGUGCUGCUGUGAAUGAUUUCGAAAUCAGCCUUAAGGCAGCAGUUGAGCUGCAAUCACCGAGGAAGUUGAUAGAAGAACAGGUGCAGGUGAUUUUUCCCUGAAAUCGCUCCACGGCAUAGCAGGGAAAAUUGCUAGUGACACCAGCAGCCCUCAGUACUGCAAUAAACGUCUUUCAUUUGUUCUGAA